GGUGCCGGCCGCGGGUCUCGCCCCGCCCCCGCCGGGACCGGGACAGCGACCGGGAUCGCCAUCGAGGUCUUGCGCCCAGCAGGGCUGCAGGAGUAGGACUAUGUCCACCAUGGUGUACCCAAGGGAGGAGAAACUGGACAAGCUGAGCCAAGAGGAGAUAAUUUCCAACACCAAGCUGGUAAUGCAAGGGCUGGAAGCACUCAAGAAUGAACACAACUCCAUCCUGCACAGCUUGCUGGAGACCAUCAAGUGCCUGAAGAAGGAUGAAGAAGCCAAUCUCGUGCAUGAGAAAUCCAACCUGCUCCGCAAGUCCGUGGAGAUGAUAGAGCUGGGGCUUGGAGAAGCUCAGGUGAUGAUGGCAUUGUCCAACCAUCUGAACGCCGUGGAGUCGGAGAAGCAGAAGCUGCGUGCCCAGGUGCGGAGGCUGUGCCAGGAGAACCAGUGGCUGCGUGAUGAGCUUGCCAACACCCAGCAGAAGCUGCAGCGCAGUGAGCAGACCGUGGCUCAGCUGGAGGAGGAGAAGAAACACCUGGAGUUCAUGAACCAGCUGAAGAAGUAUGAUGAGGAUGUCUCACCUUCGGAGGAGAAGGAGGGUGACUCCACCAAGGACUCUCUGGAUGACCUAUUCCCCAAUGAGGAGGAGGAGCAUGGUCCUGGAUUGCCCCACCAGCACAGCAGUGCUGUGGCAGCUGCCCAGCAGGGAGGGUAUGAGAUUCCUGCACGCCUGCGCACCCUCCACAACCUCGUCAUCCAGUACGCCUCCCAGGGACGCUAUGAGGUGGCUGUGCCUCUCUGCAAGCAGGCACUGGAGGACCUGGAGAAAACAUCAGGCCAUGAUCACCCUGAUGUGGCUACCAUGCUCAACAUUCUAGCACUAGUGUACAGGGAUCAGAACAAAUACAAAGAAGCAGCACACCUCUUGAAUGAUGCUCUUUCCAUCCGUGAGAAGACUCUAGGCAAAGACCACCCAGCGGUGGCAGCGACUUUGAACAAUUUGGCUGUUCUGUAUGGCAAGAGAGGGAAGUACAAAGAGGCAGAGCCACUGUGCAAGCGAGCCCUGGAGAUCCGUGAGAAGGUUCUAGGCAAAGACCAUCCUGAUGUGGCCAAGCAGCUGAACAACCUAGCCCUGCUGUGCCAGAACCAGGGCAAGUACGAUGAGGUGGAGUACUAUUACUGCAGGGCCCUGGAGAUCUACGAGAGCUGCCUGGGUCCUGAUGACCCCAAUGUGGCCAAGACCAAGAACAACCUGGCUUCCUGUUACCUGAAGCAAGGCAAAUACAAAGAUGCAGAGGUGCUGUAUAAGGAGAUCCUGACCCGUGCUCACGUGAAGGAGUUUGGCUCUGUGGAUGAUGAGCACAAGCCAAUCUGGAUGCAUGCAGAGGAGAGAGAGGAGAUGAGCAAGAGCAAGCACAGAGACAGCGCUCCCUAUGCCGAGUAUGGUGGCUGGUACAAGGCCUGUAAGGUUAGCAGCCCAACUGUGAACACCACUCUGAGGAACCUGGGUGCGCUGUACCGGCGCCAGGGCAAGCUGGAGGCGGCCGAGACCUUGGAGGAGUGCGCGGUUCGCUCCCGGCGACAGGGCAUUGACCCAAUCAACCAGACGAAGGUGGUGGAGAUCCUGAAGGAGGGGGAUGGCACAGAGAGACAUCGGAGCCUGGGGGGCAGUGUCAAGUACGAGAAUGCCACAGACGGUAGCGAGGAAGCUUAAAUGCCUGCCGAGACUCCCUCUUUCCCCUCCACCGCAGUCACCUGGAUGUUUGUGUUGUAUCCUCCGACUUUUCCUCCACACCAUCCCUCCUUCCUCGGCGAGAGCUCCUGGCGCGCGAGGGCACCGCGACGCCUGCCGAGGAGCCCCUGGCCCAGCUCCACCCCGGGGCCAGCAAGAGCAGGAAGAAGCUGCGAGGAGCUGCCAGCUCCCCCAGGCCAGGGUGACGGCCCACCAAUGUCCCCUCGCGUGUCCCCAGCCCUGGCCUGCCCUUGCACAGCCCUGCGGGGCGUUGUCGUCACUCCAGGCUUCACUCCGUUGUCACUAUUCAUGCUCAGCCCUCCUUGCUUGUUGCCUCCAUCUCUACAGAGGCUCGAAGAUGGAGGGCUGUUGUGGGACAGUGAGGCCUGGCCUAGGCAGGGCUGUCAUGUGCCCAUGUGCUUUCCUCCCUGUAGGCUUAGCUGAUGUUAGUGCCUUGUAGCAAACCUGUGCUGGUUCCCAGUGAGAUGGGCUCUUCCUGCAGUCCCCAUCCUGCUGCCCUCCUCCCUGCUGAGCUCUGUACCCAGGAGCAGUGUGUGGGUCUCUCUGCAGGGCAGCCCAUAGAGCUACUGUGCAUCCAAGAUGAGGCUGGGGGCAACAGCCAAGGAUUAUGUACAGGAACUGGCCAGCACAAGCUUGUCUGGCUGCACCUUCCUGACUGGGUGCUAUAGCCAGGUUCCUCAUCUGGCAUUAAGGGCUGAAUCAACCCCCCAUUGCUACAGGGCUCUCAGGUGUGGUGGUGGGAGAAGUGGGAGUGAAGUUGUUUGCUGUUCCUUGAAAGCAGAGGAGGGGCAGGAGGAAAGGAGAGUUUUUUUGCAAGGGACAGACCCCAGACUGUUAGAGGUGGCUGAGAUUGGGAAUGGCCUGGAUGGGGGCAGAGUGGUUGGGGGAAAAAGAAGGUGCAAAGAUGGAUGUGAGGAUGUGAAUGUGAGGGCUAGGCUGGAGGUGCUCUGAGCAGGUGGGAGCAGAUGGGAUGGCUGCAGGGAGGUUGUUGCAGGAGUAGGGGCUGGGUUGCUCACAGGUCUGUGGGACUGACUGCAGUGUGGCUGUCCCUAGCCAAGGGGUGGGAAAUGUGUAACCCUGGUACCAAUAGGGUCACCAUGCUGACCCUGAGGGGGUGUGGGGGUGGCCUCUGAUGGCUUCAGACCUUCACAGGGUCUGCUGCUGUUAGUCAUUACUGGGGUACAGAAUGUGUUCCAGGGCCAGACCUCCUCUGCCUUGGGUCUCACAUCCUUGAGUGUACACUCUCAUCCCACCUCCUAUAGGAAGGGAACCUCCCUGGCUCUCCUAUUUUAGAAGAAAGCUGGGGAGGCUGUAGGCAGCAGGAUAGAGCCCAGGGGCCAGCACAGGACUCCUUAUUUAUUUAGCUAGAUCCCUUUUUUAUGCUAGUCAUCUGGCAGGUUGUGAUACUAAAUGUGCUUGUGUCUGUCUGGGCCUGGCUUUCCUGUGGUGGUGCAGAGGCCUUGGGGUGCAUGCAUGCUGCUCCCCUGGAGUUUGUGCUUACUGAAAGGAAGCUUGUCCUCAGGACAUGGGCUGUGGAGCCCAGGGCUGAGUGCUGCAGGCCUGUCCUCUCUGCUGUCCCAGUGCUGCUCCAGGCUUCUGGAGAGCAGGGAGUUCCCAGUGCAGGGUGUGUUUGGACCUCAGGGCCAUCUGCCCCUGUGCUUUGCCAUGUCCUGGACCUGGUGCUGUAACGACCAUACCUCUAAUUAAAGGUAGACUGACCCAAAUUGCUGCCCUGUGCUUCUUUCCAUGCUCUGUAGGCCAGCGUCGGUCAGCCUGGGGUGGUGGGUGCAAAUGCUGCUGGAGCAGGUCUGGGGGUGCUUGGUGUCUGUCUGUCUGUCCAGGGGCAUGUGCUGCCCCCAGGGCUCCCCUCCCAGGCUGAGCAUUGGAGGUGAAGGACCCAGCUCCACUGUGCCUUUUCCCUGUCCUCCAAAUUGGAGUUGCUGCUAACCUCAGCUCUGUAACCAUGUGUGGCAGGGCUGCCCUGGGGCAUCUGAGCUUGGACCUUCCCCAAGAGGCAUUUCUGUGUAGCCAAAGAAAUACCCCAUUGUGUCCCUCAGUGCUGAGCUCUACAUGCUGCCAAAUUCUGCCCAAGUCCUCUGCCUCCAUGCAUUAGGCAGGGUUGGAGCAUGCAGUGGGGAGAGGAGCUCAGUGGUGGAGCUGCUUGGGUUUUUUUUGAAUGCUCUCAUCCUGGUGGGUGCAGUGGGGUGGGGGCUCUGCGGCAAACCAAACCCAUAAAUGUUCUGGGUUAAAAAUAACCCGUCAGAAAAGGGAGUGGGGGGAGAGGAGAGGCUAUUUUUAACCCAGCAUGCAGCAGCAUUUGGUUCUGGUGUUGGUCUGCAGUCAGUCUGCAUCGCUGCAGCUGGGGAAAUGUGGCUCCAUCCUCCAGCUCUGAUACUUCUGAUCCUGCUGCCCUUGUACCAUGGUCCUGCUCCCCUGUCCCAGCUGUGUUCCCUCUUCCACCCCUGGCUUGUGUGCCCUGGGAAAAGCAACAGUGCUUGGCAUAGCAGUACCUUGCAGGGAGAGUGGUGUCCCAGUGUAAGUCUGGUGGGGAGGCAGAAGACACCUCCCCAUCUUUGUUAAUGCUGCACACUGACAUUCAGCUCAUCCAAAACCUGCCCGGAGUGCCUCGUGCAGGAAUUGAAUUGUUUACUUUGCUGCUUUGGGUGCUCUCUGCAUUUCUGGUGACUGGGUCCCUUUGCAGCAGCAGCACAUGGCUCUCAACUUGGAAAACCCUCAGCCCAAUGAGAAUGUGAAGAGGUUCAAUGCACUUGUUUUAUCCAAGAAGGAAUGAGAGGAAUACCAGGAGAAAAACGCUUGCUGGUAGGAAAAGUCCUGGUCAGUCUAGGGCUGGCUCAGCUUUGGUAAUCAGAGCAGGGGAGAGAUGGAAAAGCUUUCCCCAAGGGCCACAAUCUGAUGCUCAGCACAAGGGGGUGACUGGCCUAAGGCAGAGACCCUGUCUACCUGCAGAGCUGCUUGGACAGUGUAAUUGCUGCUGCUAGCCUGAGCCACAAGGCAUAUGGGUCAUUUGGAAUGCUUCAAAGGGGCUCCCUCACAUCUUCCUAAGGAGUAAAAGGGCUUUUGCCAUCCCUUCACCUCCUUUUCUUCUGCCCCAGUGUUCCAGGGGCCAUUCACAGCAGGUGCAGGGAAGACUGCUGUUACCCAGCCAUCAGAGCAAAAGUAAUUCCACAUCAGCAGUGGUGUCACACCCUUAUGUAACAAGCAGGCCAGGCCACAGGGGAAGAGCUUGGCAUGAUGACAUGGUGGCAUCCAUGUCACAUCCAUGGUGUGGUGCCAUGCUGGCAGCCUGUGGAUGCAUGUGGAGCAGAGUGCAGGAGGUGGAUUGGAGCCUAUUAAGGCCUGAGAGCACCUCACUGGGGACUUUUGGAAGCAUGUGGGAGGAAGCAGGCUCAGGAACAAGAUUUCAGGCUGGUUUUGGUCUUCAGAAAAAGCAGAUAGACACAAAAAGACCUCUGCAAAGUGCCACCCCCUGGAGCAGCUAGUGGGGCUGCAUGCAGCUAAAGAUGGGGGGCCUAGGAGUGGUGGUGCCUGCUUGGCAGCACGGUGCUGGUGCAGCCAAAUUAAUCCAUCCCCAGUGGAGCUGCCUGAAUUGCUCCAAAGGCUCAAAGCUCAUGGUCUUGGAUGUGUUAGGGAUGGGACAAGGCUGUGUGUGCAGUGUGAAAUGGUUUUGUGUGAUGUGAGUGAGCCUGCAGGACCAGGUGUGCAUCUGUAUGAGUGCUGGACAGAGGAGGAAUGGUGAUGGUGUGUGAAGAAGGGCAAGGGGAGGGAGAGGAUGAGGAUGGUCUCCAGCCAGCAGCAAAUGAGGAGAGAGUCCUUGAAAUGAAAUGAAAGCCCCAGCAGCCUGUCCUGGCCUGACAAAAGUAUCCCUAAUCUUGGGACUCCCAACAGGGCUUGUUGCCUCUUUGGCCACUGGGACCUCCUUGGUAGUUGCUCCUGAGCUGUUGCAGGUGAUGGAGCUGUAUCAUCUUCAAGCAGGACUGUGCAGAUGCCAGUGCCAUUUGUGCUGGGGGCAAGCCAGCAGCCUGUGUGGGGGUUGAGCUUGCCCUGGGCAGGAGGGACUAUCAGGCUGGAUGAGGCAGACAAUAGCAGCUGACUCCAUGGUUACCAUGUCCUGUGGAGAACCGGCUGAGGGGAGCCAUGUAGUGAGCAGUGAGCCUGAUUUGGGCCAGGGCUAAUCCCUCAGUGCAAGUGGGCAAGAGGAUGCUUGGAGCCAGUUCCAGCCACUCAUCAGCAUCAUCCACAGCCUGAUCAGUGCCACUCAGCCAUCACCCUGGCUUGUGUCUCUGU